UCUGGGGCAGUCUCUACAUGAUGUCGCUUCUCAGGACUGGAGGACCACCCACCCUACACUUCUGCCAUGGAGAGGGCAGAAAUGGAGAAGCAAACGCAAUCACUUCUAUUCCGUCAUUAACCACUCUGUAGACAUGUGUCCCCACCAGAAGGCGUGAACUGCACCAAGGGGGGGGGGAGUUCUCGUGCCCCCAGACCACUAGCACCUUUGACUGUCCCCCUAGGGAGAAGGCAGAGCCAUGGCACCUUACAGCUGCUGCUUGGCCCUCUUGGCUCUCGCCUGGCACUCCUCUGCCUAUGGGCCUGACCAGCGAGCUCAAAAGAAGGGGGACAUCAUCCUUGGGGGUCUCUUUCCUAUCCAUUUUGGAGUAGCAGCCAAAGAUCAAGAUCUGAAGUCAAGACCAGAGUCCGUGGAGUGCAUUAGGUAUAACUUCCGUGGAUUUCGAUGGUUACAAGCCAUGAUAUUUGCCAUAGAGGAGAUAAACAGCAGCCCUGCCCUUCUUCCCAACAUGACGCUGGGCUACAGGAUAUUCGACACCUGCAACACCGUCUCCAAGGCCUUGGAGGCCACCCUGAGUUUUGUGGCCCAGAACAAAAUCGACUCUUUGAACCUGGAUGAGUUCUGCAACUGCUCAGAACACAUCCCUUCGACGAUUGCAGUGGUGGGAGCAACCGGCUCGGGGGUCUCCACGGCAGUAGCCAACCUGCUGGGCCUCUUCUACAUCCCCCAGGUGAGUUACGCCUCCUCCAGCAGGCUCCUCAGCAACAAGAACCAGUACAAAUCCUUCCUCCGCACCAUCCCCAACGAUGAGCACCAGGCCACCGCCAUGGCGGACAUUAUCGAGUAUUUCCGCUGGAACUGGGUGGGUACCAUUGCCGCGGAUGAUGACUACGGCCGGCCAGGCAUUGAGAAGUUCCGAGAGGAAGCAGAAGAGAGGGACAUCUGCAUUGACUUCAGCGAGCUCAUUUCCCAAUACUCUGAUGAGGAAGAGAUCCAGCAGGUGGUGGAAGUGAUCCAGAACUCCACAGCCAAGGUCAUCGUCGUUUUCUCCAGCGGCCCAGACCUAGAGCCCCUCAUCAAGGAGAUCGUGCGGCGCAAUAUCACAGGCAGGAUCUGGCUGGCCAGUGAGGCCUGGGCCAGCUCCUCCUUGAUUGCUGUGCCUGAAUACUUCCAUGUGGUCGGGGGCACCAUCGGGUUCGGUCUGAAGGCCGGGCAGAUCCCAGGCUUCCGAGAAUUCCUGCAGAAAGUCCAUCCCAGGAAGUCUGUCCACAACGGUUUUGCCAAAGAGUUUUGGGAAGAAACAUUUAACUGCCACCUGCAAGAAGGCGCUAAAGGACCUUUACCUGUGGACACGUUCAUAAGAAGUCACGAGGAAGGUGGCAACAGGUUAAGCAAUAGUUCCACUGCCUUCCGACCCCCCUGCACAGGGGAUGAGAACAUCAGCAGUGUGGAGACCCCUUACAUGGAUUACGAACAUUUACGGAUAUCCUACAACGUGUACUUAGCUGUCUACUCCAUUGCCCAUGCCCUGCAAGAUAUAUAUACCUGUUUACCUGGAAGAGGGCUUUUCACCAAUGGGUCCUGUGCAGACAUCAAGAAGGUUGAGGCCUGGCAGGUCCUGAAGCACCUACGGCACCUUAACUUCACCAACAGCAUGGGGGAGCAGGUGACGUUCGAUGAGUGUGGCGACCUGGUAGGGAACUAUUCCAUCAUCAACUGGCACCUCUCCCCAGAGGACGGUUCCAUUGUGUUCAAGGAGGUUGGGCAUUACAACGUGUACGCCAAGAAGGGAGAGCGACUCUUCAUCAACGAGGAGAAGAUCUUGUGGAGUGGGUUCUCCAGAGAGGUGCCCUUCUCCAACUGCAGCCGGGACUGCCUGGCAGGGACCAGGAAGGGGAUCAUUGAGGGGGAGCCCACCUGCUGCUUUGAGUGUGUGGAGUGUCCUGAUGGGGAAUACAGUGAUGAGACAGAUGCAAGCGCCUGUGACAAGUGCCCCGAUGACUUCUGGUCCAAUGAGAACCACACUUCCUGCAUUGCCAAGGAGAUUGAGUUUCUGGCGUGGACUGAGCCCUUCGGAAUCGCUCUCACGCUCUUUGCAGUGCUGGGCAUUUUCCUGACUGCCUUUGUGCUGGGCGUCUUCAUCAAGUUCCGAAACACGCCCAUCGUCAAGGCCACCAACCGAGAGCUGUCCUACCUCUUGCUCUUCUCGCUGCUCUGCUGCUUCUCCAGCUCCCUGUUCUUCAUCGGGGAGCCCCAGGACUGGACAUGCCGCCUGCGCCAGCCCGCCUUCGGCAUCAGCUUCGUGCUCUGUAUCUCGUGCAUCUUGGUGAAGACCAACCGCGUCCUCCUGGUCUUUGAGGCCAAGAUACCUACCAGCUUCCACCGGAAGUGGUGGGGGCUCAACCUGCAGUUCCUGCUAGUUUUCCUCUGCACCUUCAUGCAGAUCGUCAUCUGCGUGAUCUGGCUCUACACGGCACCCCCCUCCAGCUACCGCAACCAUGAGCUGGAGGAUGAAAUCAUCUUCAUCACGUGCCACGAGGGCUCACUCAUGGCCCUCGGCUCCCUGAUCGGCUACACCUGCCUGCUGGCUGCCAUCUGCUUCUUCUUCGCCUUCAAGUCCCGGAAGCUGCCAGAGAACUUCAACGAAGCCAAGUUCAUUACCUUCAGCAUGCUCAUCUUCUUCAUCGUCUGGAUCUCCUUCAUUCCAGCCUACGCCAGCACCUACGGCAAGUUUGUCUCCGCCGUGGAGGUGAUCGCCAUCCUGGCAGCCAGCUUUGGCUUGCUGGCCUGCAUCUUCUUCAACAAGGUCUACAUCAUCCUCUUCAAACCUUCCCGGAACACCAUCGAGGAGGUGCGCUGCAGCACUGCAGCACAUGCUUUCAAAGUGGCAGCCCGCGCCACGCUACGCCGCAGCAACGUCUCCCGGAAGCGGUCCAGCAGCCUCGGAGGCUACGGUUCCAUUCCCUCCUCUUCCAUCAGUAGCAAAAGCAACAGCGAAGACCCGUUCCCACAGCCAGAGAGGCGGAAGCAACAGCAGCCGCUGGCCCUGACUCAGCAAGAACAGCAACAGCAGCAGCCCCUGGCUCUGCAGCAGCAGCAGCAGCAGCCACAGCAGCCCAGAUGCAAACAGAAGGUCAUCUUCGGCAGUGGUACAGUCACCUUCUCUCUGAGCUUUGACGAGCCUCAGAAGAGCGCUAUGGGCCACAGGAACUCCAUACGUCAGAACUCCUUGGAGGCCCAGAAGAGCAACGACACCUUGAGCAGACACCAGGCUCUGCUCCCACUGCAGUGCGCAGACACGGACUCAGAAACGACCACUCAGGAAACGGGGCCCAUGGUGGGGGACCACCAGCCAGAAAUGGAAAGUCCGGAAGAAAUGUCCCCAGCACUGGUCGUGUCCACCUCUCGGAGCUUCGUCAUUAGCGGUGGAGGCAGCUCCGUGACGGAAAACAUACUGCACUCCUAAUGGAAUGACCGGCUACCCAGCCCAUAGAGUUUUUCUUAGAGUCCCAGGAAUAAGGAUGGGUCCUUCCUUUCUUCCUAGGAAGCCAGGGAUGAUAGGUACAUCAAAUGCCUGUACUUGGUUGCACUGCUUUGAAUGAAGUGAACUGACUGAUGUUCCCUUUAAAGUUAAAAGAAGAGCCAUGUUUUGGGGGGGUUGUUCCAGAGCUCCUUAUCGUACCCAAGUUUAUUGAAGUCUUUUCCUCUGCUCUAUCCACCAACAGCUCAGCUGAAAGCAAGGCUAUGAGCUACCCACCUGCGCUCUCCUUUUUAAAAAAAAAAAAAAAAUGCAUGUAUCCAGAAAUGCCUGCCCUGAGAUUCCAUGGACAGCAUGAUCGGAAUCACAGUCCAGAAGCAGACCAAUGGGACAUUAGGUCUGUCACUACUAGAGUUGAGUCUGAAAGCCAUGGUCACCGGGACUGUCUGACACAUUGACAGUGGGCAGAACUUUACAUGUUCGAGACAUCAGACGGAUAUGUCCUCUCUUAUUUAUAGAGACCUUAGGAAGUGUAGUCUUUUUUUCCUCCCUGCUGCUACUAUGGUGUGACAUCUAACGAGUGUGACAUCUAACGAGUGUACAUCCUUCCUGUGGCACCAUGUCAGAAUGUGUCCAGAAUCUGAUGGCAACACCAUGUUUAGAUCUCAGGAUUUUAAGAUCACCUCUAAGCACUGGGAAAGGACUGCCUAAUCCAAUGAGCUGUCUCUGUAAUUAAUAUUGCUGUACAUAGCUUUAUCCUUAAGAAAACGCUUCUGUUGCUGAAAAGUGUCGCAGUCUGGGUUCUACAAGGCAGUAUUAUUGAAUUCUGUUGGCCUUUCCCACCCCGGUGAGCAGAGCCCCUGGGGUCCCUGUCAAGACCCCAUGGUUCCUGAAACUCCCCUCCAUCCCUGCCCAAAAGGCUUUGUGAAGCCAAAUCCAGACCUGGCUCUCUAAAGAAUAGGCUCCCAGAAGAAAAUGUAGUUCCCAGUGAAGGCCACAAUCCUCUCAGCAGUAAAAUUAAAGGUGCUCCCCAGCCACCUAACUGCUAGGAACUCAAAUUUUGGAUCACAGGGACCAAGGUUCAGGCUCUGGCAUGGUCACUGGCAAGAUGGGUGAAGAUAAGCAAGGAACCACAAGCUCUUUAAGCCUCAGCUUCUCUGAGUCUAAAGUAGGGUGUUACAGUUAUCUUCCCAUGGAGCUCUCACAUGGGUUAAGUGAGAGCGUGUAUCGACAUAUUUUGGCAUGGUACCUAACACAUAGUAAGCACUUAGUGUUAGUAAAUAUGAUUAGUCAUAUAAUAACUAUUAGUUUCCACUUGCUUAGAAUACACUCUAGUUUGGAUUAUGACCCUCAAGGUCCACAUGUGAAAAGAUUGGUCUCUUGGGUGGCCCUCUUGGAAGGUUAUGGUGCCUUCAGGAGGUGAGGCUUAGUAUGACAUAAUUCAAUCACUGGGGAUAUGCCUUUGAUAGUCACUGGGGAUAUGCCUUUGACAGUCACUGGGGAUAUGCCUUUGACAGUCACUGGGAUAUGCCUUUGACAGUCACUGGGGAUAUGCCUUUGACAGUCACUGGGAUAUGCCUUUUACAGUCACUGGGAUAUGCCUUUGAUAGUCACUGGGAUAUGCUUUUGACAGUCACUGGGAUAUGCUUUUGACAGUCACUGGGAUAUGCUUUUGAUAGUCACUGGGGAUAUGCCUUUGACAGUCACUGGGGAUAUGCCUUUGAAGGGAGUUAUGGGACUCUGGCCUCAUCCUCAAUCUGUUUCUUUUAUUUUCUGGCCAUAAGAUGAAGAGUUUGCUCUGACACAGGCUGCCCAUCAUUGCCACCUAGCACCCCACCAGGGACCCAAAACAAUGGUCCACGUGAGCAUGGACCAGAGCCUCCAAAACAAAGCAUCAAGAUUAACUUUUUUUUUUCUCUCUAGUUGUCUGAAAUAUCUUAUUAUGCUGAGAGAAAGCUGACUAAUAUAGAAUAUAAAGCAAAACUCUUACUAAGCAUUCAGGUUUUAAUGCCUAAUCCACUGAUCACAAUAGCUUGCUUCAGAAUAAGUCCAAAACUUCUGAGGCCCAGGUCAAGGUGUCAGCAGGAACCACAGUCCUACCCACCCCUCAAAAAACGAACGUUCUUCCUCUGUGGUGGCAAUACCAUUUCCAGCACCGUCCCUGGCUGGCAAUUACUCAGAUCAGAUUCCAGCGAGCUACGCUGACCCCAAGACCAAGCCAUAGAACAUAAAUCUGUCAGUGGUCUAAACUUACAGUUCAUGGCGAGUCUUCCCCGACCACUUCCUUCUGAGGAUUUUGAAGGUAACAGUUGGCAUUAUAAUCGUGCAGAGCAUUGAUGACUUACAAGAGGCACAGUAGAGAGCGGCCCUGUCACAGAACACAAAACUGCCCUGGUGAGACACCAACACUCCAGCCAGAAAGGGCACAGCCUGGCAGAGCCUGUGGCUGUCCGCCGUCACCCUCUGAGCAAGGCGCCAAGCUGAGGGAGAGCUCAUUUUUAACAUUUCACUUGGCCCUAAAAUAAAUAAAUAACCAAAAAAAAAAAAAAAUAGCAGUCAAAAGUUUAGUGGCUUUUCAAAAACGUGUGACAAAACUGUGUGGCAAUAACCUCUACAUAAUGUCACACAGUCAUCCUUCCUGUUCUGAUUACAGUGCAUACAGACCCUUUUUCCACAUUCACCUCCUCAUCCCAUGAUGACAAAAUAAGGCUCACCAAGGAAAACACUCCACGGACUGAGGGUUGCAGUGUGCUCAUUGUGACGGGAGCUGGCAAAUCAAGUAGGCUCUAGGAACAUCCUCAUCAGGAAGGCAGAUGGCACCACCACACCAGGCCCAACUCCUCAUCCAAUCACUGGAACAAGACAGGAAUUUCAUUAUGUCUCUAUAGCAACCUGCUUUUUUGAUCUCAAGUUCCUAUUCUGCCAAGCAACUGAAGCUAUAAAGUCAAAUUGGGGUUUUUCCUGGGAAUUUCAGAGUUUUCUCAUUCAAAUUAGAUUUUUAGGUACCAGCUCAGAAGUUUUGUUUUGUUUUGUUCUGGGUUUCCUUCCUCUCUCCAGGCAAGUUGUAGCAUAAUGCAGGUGAGGUCUUCAGUCAUAGGCAGUUCCUCUUAGCAUUGCUGAAGCCAUCUUGUCUGGCUCUCAGUGUCUCCAUUCUGGCUUCCUCCGAGGUAUCUGUGACAGUCCAUUUUCUGUUACUUUAACAAAAGAACCAAGCAGGCUAACUUUAUAAAGAAAAGAGGUUUUUAACUCACAGCUGGUUCAAGGGCCAAGACCAUGUGAUUGCCAUUGGUCCCCACAAUGGCAGGAAAACACGGGAAGGAAAGAAUUACACAUCAAAAUAGAAAGCCAGAAGGUGACUCAGGGGUCAGCUUUACUCUUGUAACAACUCACUCUUGAGACCCCAGGAUCUCCAUGAGAACUGCCUUAACUCCUCAGAAAGCAGAACGCCCAGUUGACCUAAAGCCUUCCCACAAGGCUCCACCUCUCAGCAUAGUCACACUAAGGGCCAAGCUCCCAACGCAUAGAGACCCUUUGGAAACCAUAUCUAAACCAUGCAAACAUCAUAUCCCCAGCCAUUCCCCAACCGUGGGAUCUGUGGUGGUUUCCAUGAAUGAAUCACUGUCUCAACUGACUGGUCCUUCCUAGGUCUGUAAGUUCCCUCAGCUCCCUCCAGGCCCAUCCUAGGGACCAGGAAACUCUAUGGGCUCUCACUGUAGAGACCCCUUGACCGCUGCCCAUCCAUAUCAGUACAGAGACUUGGUAUGUUAACAAGUAAGAAACGGGGUAAAACCUGUGUGCAAGACAGAAUAAUGUUCAGCCAAAGAUGUCCACAAUUACAACUCCAGAGCCUGUGAUUGAUCAAGGCAACGGGGAUCUAAGUUGCUGAUUGAAUUAAGAUUCCUCCAGUUUACCAUGAGGUAGGAGCCUACAGAACCAUCAGUGACAGGUGGUACAAUGUGAGGAAGACUUCAGACUAUCCAUCCACCACUGCUUUGUGUGGGGAAGGAAGUGAGGGACAAAGGGAUGCGGCCUGUUUCUGGAAGCUGAACAGAGUAAGAGUCCUGAUUCUCCCCAGGAAUUUCCAGGAAGGAACACGGAGCUAGAGACCUUGGUUUCAGCCUAGCGACACCCUUUGAGGACUUCUGACCUCUGGAACUCUAAGAUAAUAAAUGUGUGUUGUUUUAA